AUGGUCAUCCAGCUGCCCGAUGCUGCUGGCACCUUCCACGGCACCUACAUCACUGCCAUGGCAGCUUCCCAGGCGCCCAUCCGCCAGUCACCCCUCUACGGCGCCCAGCACCUGGACGGCGCCCACCAGCAGCCCACCUUCGGCUUCACUGUCAACGGGAGCUUCUCAGGUGUCCCCCGGCCCAGCGCCCACGCUCCCGGAGGCCAGGCGAGGGCGGCGGGGACCGAACCCGCCGCCUGCCGGGAGCGCGCCUGGGCAGGUGGCUGCGCCCUCCGCCGGGGGGUGUGUGUGGCGCGGCGCGGCCAGCCCCGCCAGCCAGCAGGGAGGGAGCGGCAGGACUCGAGGCUGGAGCCGGCGGAGGCGAGAGACGCGCUUGCCUGCCCGCCCGCCCGCUUCCCCCCGCCAGCCAGCAUGGCUUCGUCGCAAGGCAAGGCUGAGCUGACCUUCGCCGACUGGAUGGCCAGCCUGCCGCCCGCCCUCCACAGCCUGCCCCUCUCCAAUCUGGCCAUCCCAGGGUCUCAUGACUCGUUUAGCUUCUACAUUGAUGAAGCAUCUCCGGUUGGGCCCGAGCAACCAGAAACUGUCCAGAACUUUGUCUCCGUGUUUGGAACUAUCGCUAAAAAGCUGAUGAGAAAAUGGCUGGCAACACAGACGAUGAAUUUUACAAGCCAGUUGGCAGCAGGUAUACGGUAUUUUGAUCUCAGAAUCUCUACGAAGCCCAGAGACCCUGACAACGAACUCUACUUUGCUCAUGGUCUAUUCAGUGCCAAAGUCAAUGAGGGUCUUCAGGAGAUCAGUGCCUUUCUUGCUGACCAUCAUAAGGAAGUGGUCUUCUUGGACUUCAACCACUUCUAUGGGAUGCAGAAGUGUCACCAUGAAAAACUGGUCCAAAUGCUCAAAGACACUUUUGGGAGUAAAACGUGCCCUGCUAUAUUUGCUCAAGAAGUUUCCCUCCAGUACCUGUGGGAGAAGGAUUACCAAGUGUUGGUAUUUUACCACAGUCCAGUGGCUCUGGAGGUCUCGUUUCUAUGGCCAGGACAGAUGAUGCCAGCACCGUGGGCAAACACAACAGACCCAGAAAAACUGAUCCAGUUUCUCCAGGCGUCAAUCACUGAGAAAAGAAAGAAGGGCUCUUUUUUUGUAUCUCAGGUGGUACUGACUCCAAAAGCUAGUACAGUGGUCAAGGGAGUCACCAGUGGUCUCAGAGAAACCAUCACAGAAAGAGCUCUCCCUACCAUGAUGCAGUGGGUCCGGACUCAGAGAGCCGGUGAAAGCGGUAUCAACAUCGUCACGGCGGACUUUGUAGAGCUUGGCGACUUCAUCAGCACGAUCAUAAAGCUGAACUACAUGUUGGACGAAGGCGAAGCCGAUACAACUUGAUAGUACCGUAAUGUGACCAGUAUGCUUUUUCUGUGGAACUUUUCCCAGUUGUGUUAGGUUGUAAUAUUAUGUCACAGAUUUCGCAAGCGCAUAACGAAUUUUUCUU